UGGAGGUGGCCAAUUCCUUUCUAAAAAUGUGUCGGUUCCUCCAAGUUUUGCCGCAGUGGAAGUAGAAAACUUCGGCUGCUCUGCCGCAGUGUGGAACUCUUUUGUUCUGUCAGCAGUAUGAGGGUUGGGAGGAAGGGAAGGGAGGGGGCCUAUGAGACUCUCUUCCUUCCUCUCCCCAUUUUGUAGAGAGCCGUGUCCUGGUUUGUGAUUGGGUUACCAUGGGGAAGGCACUGCUCUUGGGUUUCUGUGUCCGUGCUCCUCUUACCCUCUUGGGCGAGGCACAGAGAGGUGCACACACACUGACAGAUGAAACAGAGAACAGGGAGAUAGAUAAAGAGCAAGACGAAGAGAGGUGCACACACACUGACAGAUGAAACAGAGAAGAGGGAGAUAGAUAAAGAGCAAGACAGAGAAAAAAAAAGGAGAUAAAGACAAAGAGACAGGAAGAGUGUCCAGAAACAGAAACUCUGCAGAACAAAUAACAAACGGGACCCGAAGCAAGACAUCUGUGUCCAGCCUGAAGAUGAGAAGCCUCCUCACCACCCAGAACCAGAACUGUUAUCGUGAACUGAUAAAGAAGGAGGCGUACGCCAGGCUGGCCUGGAAGAUGAAAUACAGCAAGGACUAUCCCAGGAGUUUCACUUCUCACCAGGCCAAGGCUCAGGCCCUCCCUAAACUGCCCGUCCCCAAAUCCAUCCUGCCUCCGGUGUUCAACCUGCCCGAGAGGAAGCGGGAGCCCUCCCCUCAAGGGGCGCACAACCUCAGCACGGCCCCGCUGAUGCGACCGGUCACACCUGAAACCAGGGACGCACUAUACCAGGGCUUCUCCAAAGAGGGAAAGGGCCGACACUUGUACCUGCGGCACCGUGUGCUGAAGGGUCCAGACGAGAAGUUUGACCACCCCAUACUGUCCUCCUGGGAGUGCGGCUGGAGACUUGGCGACUAUGAAAAAACAUACAGAUCACCAGCUAAUGGGAGGUCAGGGAUUGUAAGGAGCACUUUCUAUGCCAGGAAUGGAAUCUUUAAUGUCCCAACUGCAACGGAUGAACUGGGAUAAUCAUCACGUGGUGACAUUUCUCAAUCACACUUGUUUGCAUACAAAUAUUUAAACAGAGGAAGUGUUUUUUUUCUGUACUGAAGUUGCUGGUAUUUACAUUCUUAGUCUAAUGACUAUUUACAAUUAUCUGUCAUAUUGUCUGUUUUGUUUCUUGACUAAUUCAAAGUACAGUAAUAUUGUUAAGGCGUUCUGAGAUCUAGUAGAACACUUGGAAACACACUGGUAUCAGUAUGAUGGAAACAGGUUCAAAUGACAUGGUCUCUGAAAUGGAAAUGCUGUACUUUGUA